AUGGCUCCUAGUAGUGCUGCUGCAGAGCGAGCUCCGCUACAAGAGUGGUUUGUUAUCUGCCCGGACUUUGAUGGUGUGUUGGAGAAACGGCUCAAAGUGCACCUCAGUCGACUAAAACAGGACCCGGAUGAUUUCUGGCUGUGGGGCGGACCCAUGCUUGAAGAGGAAGAGGUUUCCGAUGGAGACGGCUCCUCUGCACGCGUUUUCUUCCCCUCCCAGGUGGACAGCCAGCUCAGCGAGCGGCUGCCUAGCUACAUGGUACCCGGAGUCUACUUUUCAGUCGCGCAGCUUCCCAUGACAACGUCGGGUAAGACAGACCGCAAGCGGCUGCGCGAGAUUGGGGCUACAUUCUCAGCCCAGCAGCUGGCGGAGCUGCGCACGCGCAGCCAGGGACCAAAGCGGCAGCCGUCGACAGACAAGGAGAAGGCAAUGCAGCAGCUGUGGGCGCAGGUGCUCAACAUCGACGCAGACAGCAUCGGGCUGGACGACAGCUUCUUCCGCCUGGGCGGCGACUCGAUCGCAGCCAUGAAGCUGGUGGCCGAGGCACGCAAGCAGAAUGUUCACCUUACCGUCGCAGCCACUUUCCAGCAUCCCAGGCUCGUCGAUUUGGCCGCUUGGGCUGGCGGAGUAGAUCCAGCUGUGGCGCAGAGCAUUGUGCCCUUCUCCCUUCUGAACAUCAACUCCGACGUCGACACAGCACGUAUCCAGGAGGAAGUCGCUGCUGGCUGCAACAUAGACAAGGACCUGGUGGAAGACAUCUACCCGUGCUCGCCGCUUCAGGAGGGCCUGAUGUCGCUCACGUCAAAGCGGGCGGGUGACUAUAUUAUGCAGAGUGUACUAGAGCUGUCAGUCAGCAUGGAUGAAAGCGCUCUACGGGCGGCGUGGGAGCAAGUUGUAGCAUCUUCGGCAGUGCUGCGCACCAGGAUUGUGCAGCACAGCAAGCUGGGCUUGCUGCAGGCUGUUAUAGCAGAAGGGGUGCAGUGGAUCGAAGCAGAUAAUCUAGCCACUUACCAGGCAGAGGAUAAGUCUGUGACGAUGGGGCUGGGUGAUCCUCUGGCACGGUAUGCACUGAUUAAGGAACGCGGUGGUGAGAGGCGCUGGUUUGUAUGGACAGUCCACCACGCCUUGUACGACGGCUGGUCGUUGCCUCGCAUCGUGGGUGCGGUCGGGAAGGCUUACCAGGGGGCUGUCGUUGAGGAGCAGACUGGUUUCAACGCCUUCAUCCAACACCUCUGCCAACAAGAUCAAGAGCAGGCUGCAAGGUACUGGCAAGCUACGUUCGCUGAGUGCGAGGCUGUACCGUUUCCGCCACUGCCACCAGCGGUGGAGCAGCCCGUUGCGGAUGCGAUGUUGGAGCACAUAUGCCCGCCACUCCCUAAGACAACAGUGUUUGACACUACCACAUCGACGCUGCUGCGCGCGGCGUGGGCUAUUGUUGCGGGUAACUACACCAGCUCAGACGACGUCGUCUUUGGCGCCACGGUGACUGGACGAAAUGCACCAGUUGCAGGCAUUGAGGCCAUGCUGGGCCCGACCAUUGCAACUGUGCCUGUGCGGGUGUGUUUGACAAGAGACUGGACCGUGUCUGCUUUGCUGGAAACGGUGCAGCGGCAGGCGACCGAGAUGAUUCCCUACGAGCAAACAGGAUUGCAGCGGAUCGCCAAGAUGGGAGCGGAUGCGCAGCACGCCUGUGGCUUCCAGACGCUGCUGAUAGUGCAGCCAGCUGAUGACGGUCUAGAGAGCGACAAGUCACUAGGAAGAUGGCAGACCAAGUCAGAGCUGCAGGACUUCACGACUUACGCACUGAUGGUGCAGUGCACGCUAGCUACGGAGCGAGUGCAGAUCACGGCCAGCUUUGAUCCACAGGUCAUCGAGCAGUGGCAAGUGCAGAGGAUGCUGGGCCAGCUUGGCUUCGUCGCGCAGCAGCUGGCGGAAGCCGGUGGCAAGACGACAGUUGCUGAGAUUGAUACGCUCACUCCCGAGGACAGACAACAGCUGUGGAAGUGGAAUGGAGAGGUUCCUCCGGUGGUGGAGCGGUGCGUGCACGAGCUGUUUGUGGAGCAGGCGCGGGCACGACCUGACGCGGCGGCCAUCUGCGCGUGGGACGGCGAGAUGAAGUACGGCGAGCUGGACGAGCUGUCGUCCAGGCUGGCCGGCUACCUAGUGGGUUUGGGCGUCGGGCCCGAAGCCAUUGUUCCUCUGUGCUUCGAGAAGUCGAUGUGGACGGUGGUGGCCAUGCUGGCAGUGCUCAAGGCUGGCGGCGCCUUCGCUCCCCUGGACCCAGAACACCCAGCAAGUCGGCACGAGGAGAUCUUCCGGCAGACUGGCGCCAGAGUGGUGCUUGCUUCGGCACAGCACUCGACGCUCUGCAGCGGCGGCAACCGCACCGUCGUGGUGGUCAGCGAGGCUGCCAUGCGUGAGCUGCCCAGCGAGGCCAGCGAGGCCAGCACAACCGACAAAAGGACGACAACUCGCACAAAGGCACAGCCAGACAACCCUGCCUAUGUGCUGUUCACGUCUGGGAGCACGGGAAAGCCCAAGGGCGUGGUGAUUGAGCACAGGGCAAUAUUGACCAGCUGCUUGGGUCACGGAAAAGCCUUUAACCUUACAAGCGACUCGCGCUUUCUCCAAUUCUCUUCUUACACGUUCGACGUUAGCAUUAUCGAGAUAUGGACUAUGCUUCUAGUGGGUGGCUGUACUUGCGUCCCAUCAGAAAGCGACAAGAAAGAUGAUCUUUCGAAAGCAAUAAAUGCUCUGGACGCGAAUUGGGCAUUCCUCACGCCUACUGUUGCGAAGCUUCUCGAUCCAGAGCGCAUCCCGGGAUUACAAAAUCUUAUCCUCGGAGCAGAACUUGUAACAGAUCACGACUGGAACAGAUGGAGCCCUUAUGCCCUUCAGAUAACUGCAUAUGGUCCUACUGAGUGUUGCGUUCUUUGCAUUUUCUACUCCGGUACUCUUGGCUUUUACACAGGCUUGCUCGGCAAGUCUGUUGCGUCGGUCAGCUGGGUGGUGGACCCCAACGACCACAACAAGCUGGCUCCCCUGGGCGCCGUGGGUGAGCUGCUCGUUGAGGGACCGAUCCUGGCGCGCGGCUACCUGAACGACGCAGAGAAGACGGCGGCCGCGUUCAUCGACGACCCGGCCUGGCUGCUGGAGGGAUGCGACCAGCACGCGGGCCGGCGCGGCCGGCUGUACAAGACCGGCGACCUGGUGCACUACGAUGCAGACGGCAAUCUAGUGUACGUCAACCGCAAAGAUGCGCAGGUCAAGGUACGCGGGCAGCGGGUGGAGCUUGGGGAGAUUGAGCACCACGUGCGCGAGUGCAUGCCGGAAGUAGGACGUAUGGCGGUAGAAGUGAUCAUGCCGGGAGACGACAAAGACAAGGCGACGGUGGCUGUCUUUGUGGAACAGAAAGAGGAAGAGGUUUCCGAUGGAGACGGCUCCUCUGCACGCGUUUUCUUCCCCUCCCAGGUGGACAGCCAGCUCAGCGAGCGGCUGCCUAGCUACAUGGUACCCGGAGUCUACUUUUCAGUCGCGCAGCUUCCCAUGACAACGUCGGGUAAGACAGACCGCAAGCGGCUGCGCGAGAUUGGGGCUACAUUCUCAGCCCAGCAGCUGGCGGAGCUGCGCACGCGCAGCCAGGGACCAAAGCGGCAGCCGUCGACAGACAAGGAGAAGGCAAUGCAGCAGCUGUGGGCGCAGGUGCUCAACAUCGACGCAGACAGCAUCGGGCUGGACGACAGCUUCUUCCGCCUGGGCGGCGACUCGAUCGCAGCCAUGAAGCUGGUGGCCGAGGCACGCAAGCAGAAUGUUCACCUUACCGUCGCAGCCACUUUCCAGCAUCCCAGGCUCGUCGAUUUGGCCGCUUGGGCUGGCGGAGUAGAUCCAGCUGUGGCGCAGAGCAUUGUGCCCUUCUCCCUUCUGAACAUCAACUCCGACGUCGACACAGCACGUAUCCAGGAGGAAGUCGCUGCUGGCUGCAACAUAGACAAGGACCUGGUGGAAGACAUCUACCCGUGCUCGCCGCUUCAGGAGGGCCUGAUGUCGCUCACGUCAAAGCGGGCGGGUGACUAUAUUAUGCAGAGUGUACUAGAGCUGUCAGUCAGCAUGGAUGAAAGCGCUCUACGGGCGGCGUGGGAGCAGGUUGUGAAGCAAUCGAUGAUGCUACGCACGCGCAUCGUGCAGCACAGCAGGUUGGGCCUUCUGCAGGUGGUGGUAGCAGGCGAUAUACAGUGGAUGGAAGCAGACCAUCUGGGAACGUACCUGGCAGAGGACAAAGCGGCGUCUAUGCAGCCGGGCGACUGUCUGGCACGCUACGCUUUUGUCAAGGAGAGAGACGGUGGAAGGCGCUGGUUUGUGUGGACAAUGCACCACGCUCUCUACGACGGCUGGUCUCUGCCUCGCAUCCUGGGCGCUGUAGAGAAAGCAUACAAUGGUGGUGUUCUUGAAGAGCGGCCAGGCUUUAACGCUUUCGUCCAGUACCUUAGUCAGCAAGAUCAGGAGGCCACUACCAACUACUGGCAGACUACACUCGCCGGCUGCGAGGCGACAAUGUUCCCGCCACUUCCCCCAUCAAUACAUCAGCCAGUGGCAAAUGCAAUGUUAGAGCACCAAUGCCCGCCGCUCCCCAGGACAAUGGCAUCCGAUACCACUACAUCAACGCUGAUCCGCGCGGCGUGGGCUAUUGUUGCGGGUAACUACACCAGCUCAGACGACGUCGUCUUUGGCGCCACGGUGACGGGCCGCAACGCGCCGGUGGCAGGCAUUGAGGAUAUAGUGGGCCCGGCAAUUGCGACGGUGCCUGUGCGGGUGCGUUUACCAAGAGACUGGACCGUACCAGCCCUCCUUGCUGCUGUGCAACAACAGGCAACCGAGAUGAUCCCAUACGAGCAGACAGGAUUGCAGCGGAUCGCCAAGAUGGGAGCGGAUGCGCAGCACGCCUGUGGCUUCCAGACGCUGCUGAUAGUGCAGCCAGCUGAUGACGGUCUAGAGAGCGACAAGUCACUAGGAAGAUGGCAGACCAAGUCAGAGCUGCAGGACUUCACGACUUACGCACUGAUGGUGCAGUGCACGCUAGCUACGGAGCGAGUGCAGAUCACGGCCAGCUUUGAUCCACAGGUCAUCGAGCAGUGGCAAGUGCAGAGGAUGCUGGGCCAGCUUGGCUUCGUCGCGCAGCAGCUGGCGGAAGCCGGUGGCAAGACGACAGUUGCUGAGAUUGAUACGCUCACUCCCGAGGACAGACAACAGCUGUGGAAGUGGAAUGGAGAGGUUCCUCCGGUGGUGGAGCGGUGCGUGCACGAGCUGUUUGUGGAGCAGGCGCGGGCACGACCUGACGCGGCGGCCAUCUGCGCGUGGGACGGCGAGAUGAAGUACGGCGAGCUGGACGAGCUGUCGUCCAGGCUGGCCGGCUACCUAGUGGGUUUGGGCGUCGGGCCCGAAGCCAUUGUUCCUCUGUGCUUCGAGAAGUCGAUGUGGACGGUGGUGGCCAUGCUGGCAGUGCUCAAGGCUGGCGGCGCCUUCGCUCCCCUGGACCCAGAACACCCAGCAAGUCGGCACGAGGAGAUCUUCCGGCAGACUGGCGCCAGAGUGGUGCUUGCUUCGGCACAGCACUCGACGCUCUGCAGCGGCGGCAACCGCACCGUCGUGGUGGUCAGCAAGGCCUCUUUCGAUAGACUGUCAAGCGCAAGCGACAAGGCCAACGUGAUAUCGAAGCCAAGUAGUAUUGCGUACGUCAUGUUCACUUCAGGCAGCACAGGAACACCCAAAGGAGUCGUCCUAGAACACAGAGCAAUUUCAACAAGCUGUCUCACCCAUGGAGAGGCGUUUGGCUUCUCGCCUAGCACUCGAAGCCUUCAGUUUGCUGCCUACACCUUUGACGCGUGCAUCACGGAGAUCAUCACGGCCCUUUUGUUUGGCGCAUGCAUUUGCGUUCCCUCCGAGCUGGACAGACGCAACGACUUGUCGAACAUUUCAAACACCUUGAAAGUAAGUUGGGCAUUGCUUACGCCAACGGUUGCACGAACACUUGACCCCAAAACAAUUCCAUCGCUCAGAACCUUGGUACUUGGGGGUGAGCAGGUGAGCCGCGUUGACUGGGAAAGGUGGAGUCAUCUUGAAAAGCAGAUAACUGGAUAUGGUCCUUCUGAGUGCUGCGUUCUUUGCAAUUUCUACUCCGGUACUCUUGGCUUUUACACAGGCUUGCUCGGCAAGUCUGUUGCGUCGGUCAGCUGGGUGGUGGACCCCAACGACCACAACAAGCUGGCUCCCCUGGGCGCCGUGGGUGAGCUGCUCGUUGAGGGACCGAUCCUGGCGCGCGGCUACCUGAACGACGCAGAGAAGACGGCGGCCGCGUUCAUCGACGACCCGGCCUGGCUGCUGGAGGGAUGCGACCAGCACGCGGGCCGGCGCGGCCGGCUGUACAAGACCGGCGACCUGGUGCACUACGAUGCAGACGGCAAUCUAGUGUACGUCAACCGCAAAGAUGCGCAGGUCAAGGUACGCGGGCAGCGGGUGGAGCUUGGGGAGAUUGAGCACCACGUGCGCGAGUGCAUGCCGGAAGUAGGACGUAUGGCGGUAGAAGUGAUCAUGCCGGGAGACGACAAAGACAAGGCGACGGUGGCUGUCUUUGUGGAACAGAAAGAGGAAGAGGUUUCCGAUGGAGACGGCUCCUCUGCACGCGUUUUCUUCCCCUCCCAGGUGGACAGCCAGCUCAGCGAGCGGCUGCCUAGCUACAUGGUACCCGGAGUCUACUUUUCAGUCGCGCAGCUUCCCAUGACAACGUCGGCAUCGGGCUGGACGACAGCUUCUUCCGCCUGGGCGGCGACUCGAUCGCAGCCAUGA